AUGUCUUCAUUCGAUAAAAAUGACGAAAAAGCAAAGCUUAUCGUUCCAAAAUCAGUGAAUGACGGAAAAGUUGUGAAAUUAUCUCAAAAAACACUCGUUAGCAAGAAGUUCGAGCGUCAAGUUGUUCCCGAGGAAAAAUAUAUUGCUGGAUUAGAAAAAAUAAUAGAAAAAGACUAUUUUCCGCAGCUUAAGAAGAUUCAGGUCCAAAAGGAAUAUCUAGAGGCUGUUGCUAAAAAAGAUAUCUCUAAAAUCAAAGAACUGCAAUUGCAAUACUGUAGCACAGGAAGUAUUCGAACGGACAGAACUUCAAUAAAUCCUUCUACUAUUCGUUCAACCACAUCAGAAGUUCCAGACGAUGAGCCUUUCGAUUCGGAAACUCCUGGCCCCUCGUCCUCCUCAACGUCUAGUAAACUUGAUUGGAUGCAGAGCCCAAUGCCAUUUGCUAAUGAAGAAGGAGAUAACGAGGCUAUUCAUCGCAAGCGAAAAAAGAAAAACGCUGAGACAUUGACGUCAUAUCUGAACAAGUACACUUCCGAAGACAAUGCUUCAUUCGAAGAAUUGGCACAAGUUAUGAGGGAAAGAGAAGAUGCUCGGAGACCUUGGAUUUAUAAAGCUGAGGAGGAGCACAACAAAUAUUUAGUUACCCGACAAGCGAUUGCUGCUGAAGCUGAUGUACAACUUGCUUUGAAGCAUGCUAUUGACGCAGAUGAUAAUCGGCCUUUGAACGUGGACAACUGGAAGUAUAAAGCAUGGAAUACAGUUUUAUUCAAUCCGGAAGGAGCUGCUUUGACUGUUGCUGAACAAGCGGAUGCUGCGAAAAAGCAGAAAACUGAAAUAAACAAAAAAGGAACACGGUUUCCAGAAACUGGAAAACUGAAACCAAGCGAUGAAGCGAUGACACGAGCUGCCGUCAGUCAUGCUCUUGCUAAUGCUGGAAAAGUUGAUGCUCUCGGAAAUGAAGUGACACCCGCCAAUUCGUUUAAACUUCUUGAAACACCCAAUCCGAAUCCCGAUGAUAUGGAUUCGCCUCUGAUGACCUGGGGAGAAAUCGAUGGAACUCCAUUUCGACUCGAUGCUCCUGAUGUUACAGAGCAUUCACUUCCAGAUGCUGCACCUAUUUUCAAAAUACCAGAAAUGCCAUAUCGAGAGAAAAUCGCGCAAUCCAUGAACGAUUCAAUUGCGGCAAAAUACCGGGAUAAGCGGAAAGUUGCAAUGAAGGCUGCCGAAGGGGCUCACCGGACCCCAGGAUUUGGAUCAAAGCGUGUUUCUGAUAAACUUGCUCAAUUGUCACCAGCUGCGCAGAAGCUUGCCACAAAGAAGCUUGGUCUCAAAAUGAUACCAGCUCACAAGUCUCCAUUCGCGUCGCCCAAAAUUGGAUCUGGAUGGUCUCGAUCUGGUUCAAAACGGUCAGAUACUCCUGGGUCUGCGUGGAGUCGUGGAUCAGUUACACCUGGAUCAUCAUGGAGUCAAGGGGCUCGAACUCCUGGGACACCUGGAAUAGAUUCAAUGAUUCGGAGACCACAGAAUAGAGAAGCAGAUGAUGGAGCUGGUCCUUCCACAUCUUCUGCUGGAGGACGUGCCCAAGCUGGAGAUUUUUUCUAG